GCGCUCGGCUGAGGCUGCCUGCCCGGCCGCUACCCGCUCGGCGCUCCACUGCCGGUUUGACAGGCCCGGGUGACCACCAUGUCUACUGCCAUGAACUUCGGGACCAAGAGCUUCCAGCCCCGGCCCCCAGAUAAGGGCAGCUUCCCGCUGGACCAUUUCGGUGAAUGUAAAGCGUUUAAAGAAAAAUUCAUGAAGUGUCUUCGUGAUAAUAAUUUUGAAAAUGCUUUUUGCAGAAAUGAAUCAAAAGAAUAUUUAGAAUGCAGAAUGGAGAGGCAGCUAAUGGCCCAAGAGUCACUGGAAAAGCUGGGAUUUAGAGAUCUAAUGGGUGAAAAAUCAGAAACAAAUCAGUAAUGGGAAGAAGACAAUUGAAUUGGUACAUAUUGUAUAUUCUCCUUUGUUUCCACAUCUGGAAGAGGUUAAUAUUUGACCCUGAUUGAUAUUAAAAUCUUACUUAGGAAAGGUACUUCGUUUGGAGGAUUCCUUUUUUUCAACUUUCACCUUAAUGAAGUAAGGGGCAAGAAAUCAAAAUGAUGUUACUGCCACACAUUGGUAAUGUCAGUCCAUGGGUAAAGAGUCUAAUCCUGACAUGAACCAAAGUUAGGGAAAAUGCUUGCUUUUAUAAAGUAAAUUUAACCUGUCAGAGUUAUCAUUUGGUAAAUUAUCUCUUUUUAGAGGUUUUCCUAAAAAGUGUAUGGGGCUGGGGGGGAUUUUUUUUGCCAAUGUGUGAGCUUUUCUUCAUUUCAAUCAUAGGCCCAUAAUAUGAAAUAAGAAUGUUAUAUGUGAUUUGAUAGAAAUAUUUGUAAAUAGAUGACUUAUCUUCUGUAAAUGUGUAAUUUUUAAGAGUUCUAUGAAUAUUUUCAAGUUAAUUAAAUGCCUACAACUGUUAUCAAAAAAUAAAAGUGCUACUCAGCAACAAAAUAUUUUCUUCACAAUUCAGAAAUAUGUAUCUCAACAAAUUUCCUUUUUCGAUAAAAUGAAAAAAUACAAAAGGAGUGAGAAAUAUUUUGACUUCUGAUAUAUUUGUCACUCUGUGUUUUUCAGAUCAGGUAUUUGCAGAUUCCAAGUAUGUUUCUAAAUAGUUCAGCUUACUGUUUGCCUUACCUUUUAUAAAGUUGGAUAAAUAUUUUAAAA